CCGGAACCUUUCUCUAAUUGCUCACACUACGCUUAAAAAAAUCUUUAGCGGGCCAAGAAGUGCAUGAAGGGAUCCAUUGAUAAAGCAACGUUUGUAAUUUAUUUGUGUGUUUGAGGAAGUAAAGAAAAGUGAAAUUCGUCCAGAUUUCUUGUCCUCUACAAUAAAGCACACAUUAUGGAGGUGGAAGACCCUAUAUCUGCCAAAUUCCGGACUAUCAUUGAGGCACUUAUGAUUAAAACGACAUCAGAGAUCGUGAAGGUUUUCGCUGAUGUCAUGUUGGAGACGAGAAUGGAGAUCUCUCGUAGCUGGAGGGAAAUUAAUGAUCUGAAGCAGGAGUUGGAACAGAGAGAAGAACAGAGAGAAAAGCAGCGAGCAGACUCCAAUUUCAGAAGUCAAAUGACUCAAGUGAUUUUCAAAACUGAAGAGGAUGAUGUGAUGGUGUCCCAAGACAGUUAUAUGAUUCUUGGAAGUACAGAAAGCAGGGGUGAAGUGCAAAUAUCUGAAGAUGCCACGGUUGAGGUUGAGGAAACGGACACCAGACAGAACAGCAUAUCAGUCCUUGAACAAGCAACAACAGAAACUACAACACCUGAAACAUCUGUCCCGGAUGAGGCCCAGGUGACCCAUUUAGAGGGUGGAAAAAGAGAUCAUCCAUCUACGUCUCAUGUGGUCUCAGAAACUCAGACAUCCACCACAGAGACCAAAGUCCUGCCAAACACUCCAGUCCUUGCUCUUUCAGUGGUCAGCCCCCAGCAAUCAUCCCCUAAUACAAACAUUAUAAUUCUUAAUAAAAGGUCACAUGAAAAGAGGGCAGUGAUGUCAAAGAAAAAAUGCAUGCAAAACAAAAAUUCUGCAAUACAAAGCAACAGUGUAACACGGAUGCUUCGUGACCGGCAACUCCUGAGUAGCCAAAAACCUUUUCUGUGUUGCGGUUCAGGGCAGUGCUCAAAGCAACAACGAGAGCCAAAAAAGAAUUCACCAGUGGCUUCUUGUGUGUACAACUGCACAAAUUGUGGGGCAAAGUUUCAGGAAAGGGCAGAGUUUAAGAGCCACAAGUGCUCCAGCAAGCUUAAAUGUAACAGGUGUGGACAGACAUUCGCCAGUCUCGGUACGCUGGCAAGUCACAAUCGGCAUGUAUCCCCUACAUUGAAAAAGCCAUUUCCAUAUAAAUGCUACCUCUGUGAUCAUAUGUUUGCAACUCGGUGUGGCUGGAAUAUACACAAGCGGAUCCAUGCCCAUGGUCAUGUUACUGAGAUUGCUGAACAGGACAUCCCCAGCCCCUCCCAUUCAUUGCCUGUGCCCAAAGAACUAAAGGCCAAGGUGGAGGUUCGCUUGGAGAGAAUUUCAGAGGCUCAGUUGGAAGCAGCAUUAUUUCCUAAAGGCUCUAUAUUGCCGGAUGAUAGCAGUUUGAGCUCCAAGAAAUUAACCUCAGUUGUGGAACCCACAUCAUCGACAGGGAAUUCUAAUAAACUGUCUACAGGCACAACCAUGAAUGCAUCCUUGUUAAAUAUGGAAUCUGUAUCUAACAGCUACACAGAACUUGUCAUGGAAUGCCAUGCUUCUAGUUCAGGGACUGAAUCAAGCGAAUGUUUGAGACAGUCAGAUGAUGUGACAGAAGACUCCGUUUUUAAAAAUGCCUCUAGCAAAAACCAGCCAACAGAAAAGUGGACCCAGUCAAAAUCCCUGAUUGCACGUAGAGUUGACAGUGUGGAGUGCGACGAAGGUUCAUCCAGUGCAAGUGAAGACUUGGCAAAAGGAUUAAAUUCUCUUUCUCGGAAACGGAAAAUGUCAGACUGUAAUCAUGACAUGUACAAUGGUGUGUUUCCUGUUGAGAAAAUUCUUAGAUGGAGAAAUACAAAGGGUCGCAACGAAGUUAGAAUCAAGUGGAUGCCCUGCUCAUUAUGUGGGGCAAAAUGGAAAAACACGUGGGAGCCAGCUGAAAGCUUUAUCUCUUACAAAGAUGGCAAAAAUGAAGAAAGUGGAGACAAACAGAAUUAAAAUGCUUGGUGACAUUUAAUGUUUGUGAUUAUUUUACAAAUGGCAUAUGGCUUAGGAACUGAGAGUGAUGAUAUGAAUGACUGAUUAUAGAUAACCCUAACCCUGAGUUCUGUGCUUUUGUCUUUGUACAAAACAAAAGGAAAGAAUUGGAUUCUAGAUCAAUUGGAAUGUAUUAAUUUACUGACAUGGUACUGCGUGAAUGCUACAGCUUGCACUGUGUUAAAACCCUUUCCAGUACUUUUAGCACAAUCCUUAAAUAGGUUGUAUGUUUUCUCUUGUCUGUAAACAGAUAAAUGUUGCAAUGAAAAUGACUUGUCCAACAUUCUAAUGCAUGUACACCAGUCAGUAAUUUGUUAAAAUAAGGUACAUAAUUAAGAGUAAAUUGUGUUGGGGAUUCUGGUAUAUUAAAUUAUUUUUUUCACAAAGCAAAUAGCAACAGGUCUUAAGUCAUUUUCAACUGCUGCACAGAAUCCUGGAAUAUAUUUCAUCGUCUGUACUUUUCAACUCCCCAAGAAGUUUUAGAAUGGGUUGUUCAUUGUUGAUCAUUUGUUUUUCUUACAUCUAUACAAAAUGCAUUACAGCUACUUGGGGAUAAAUCUCAGAAUGGGGCCAAUAAAUUGAUAAACAGUAGACUGCAUGACUUAAAGAUUUUGAAUUAAUUUGUUAUUUUUGUGUUACUUGGGAAGGCAUUGUAUCACAUGGCUUUCAUGACCGGCUUAAUGUAAAAAUAUUUCAUGCUAUUACUGUGCAUGAGGUACUUCAUAUCACCUAUGAAUUGAGAGUGAUACAUGUUUGUAUUUUAAAAAUGUUGUAGUACGUGAUCGAUAUUCCCAAGAUUACCAUCUUGUUUUGUCCUUUUAAAUUCAAGGUCAGCUGAUCAAAUUGUUGCUUACAUGUAGCACCAGCUUAGUGAAAAAUAUCAAGAUAUCUUUACAUUACUGAUUGUACAUCUGUUUUUGUCAAUUUUUAAAAUGUAUGGUUUUUUUAUUGCUUGAAGUGGUUUGUUUUGUUUUUAGUAUUUGGGGUAACAUCUUUGAAGUUGAUGCAAAAAUGAAUGGAAUGUCAGAUUGAAAGUUGCUCUAUGGUCUAGUCUAAUGUUACUGUUCAUAUCUUCACCUUUGUUUAACUAAGCAUGCAUAUCAGUGUUGCAUUUCAUCUAAUGAAAACUAAAAUGUAUAUUCACUCUUCAUUUUAUGGAACAUAGUGCAUCUUUCUGUGAUGUAAGUUGUGUCCUGAGAUUUCAGUGGUUGUGUGUAUUUGUAGCUUGAUACUGCUUGAUAUUUCAUUGAUGCUUGUAAAAAUGUUGACAAAUUGUCAUGUUUAUUGGGCAGUAGUUUGUGCGAAUGCAUGAUUAAAAUAAAAUUCCAGGUCCAGAUUGGA